CCCAGAUUCUGUAGCCCACCAUGACUACAGCACACAGACCCACAUUCGAUCCGGCACAAGGGAAAGAGGCCUUGCGUGGCCCUGCAUACCACCAGCGACUGCUCCCAGCACAUACGCACUUGAAAACUCGUCAACUCGGUCAGGGUGGUGAAGGCGAAGCUCAACAACGCGAUUUGCGCGCCGAAUUGCUCCAAGCCGAAGCCGCUCAUUUUGCGAAGAAGAGGGGUAUCCCCGUGGAUGAACCAACUGUUGGUAACACAGCACCCAAACGCCAAAUAGAAGGCGGUUCAUCUGGUGGUGAUCCAGCUGGGACAGAGGACGAAGAUCCGGAAGCCAAACGGCGGCGAAUACUAGAGGAGACGCGGGACAUAGAUGCGGAUUCGGAUGGGUCAGAGGAUGACAGUAGUGAAGAAGAAAGUGAUGAUGAAGAAGAUGAGGCCGCCGAGUUGAUGCGAGAACUGGAAAAGAUCAAGAAGGAGCGACAAGAACAGAAGGAGAAAGAAGAGCGCGAACGUGCUGCUGAAGAGGAAGAGAAACGGGAAUAUGAUAUUGCUAAAGGAAACCCGCUGCUUAACGCUCAGGACUUUAACUUGAAACGGCGCUGGGAUGACGACGUGGUUUUCAAGAACCAAGCCAGGGGAACCGAAGAUAAGAGAGGAAAGGAGUUUGUCAACGAUCUGCUGCGGUCGGACUUCCACAAGAGGUUUAUGGGCAAGUACGUCAGAUAAGUGGCUACUGGCACUCAAAGCCUACUGCGGUCCAUCCAAACUAAAAAUUGGAUACACCAUCGCAAUAUGAUGUCAUUGAUGCAAAUACAAAAAUGGCUCAACGACAUUUCGAUGGCUUGGUGAACUGUCAUGAUACAAUUUCCUGGCGCCAAGUCGAUACCUACGCCAUAUGCUGCUCUCACAUACCAGCUCGUAUAUCAGGCAGAGCUCUCUAUCUGUGUGGGAGGCUUAUCUGGGACAGUUGGGAUACAGUGGGCAAGGUUGUCGCACUAAGAUUGGAGUGCAAUGAUUCAAGCGCUCUAUUACUGGAGCCAAUUCCAUGAGAAUCAUUGUAUGGCACCAUCAAUGUCACUGGGAUAAUUCAUAGUUUGCAUCGUUUUCAUGGUUUACCAGAUGUCAUUUUCCUGCUCAACUACUGGCCAUAGUUCAGAGCCAGACUACCUUUACAGCUAAUGUACAUUGAAGCUGCAAGCACUACUACAAAUCCAUAUCGAAUGGAAAUGUA